UAAAAUUGGUGCUCUUGUGGGGCAGCCAUUUUAUUCCACUCCUCCUUCGUUUUAUACUACUAGCCUUCAUUUCUUUUUCCCUUCAGUCCUUGCAUCCUAUAGGAUACACCAGCCACCAUGGCCCCGAAAGCAAAGCCACCCGCAAAGGAAGAGAAGAAGGCUGCCCCAGCUGCUGCUGCUGCUGCGGCACCUAAACCAGAGGCCAAGAAGAAGCCAGCAGAUAAACCAGCAGCUGCUGCUGGACCUGCACCUAAAGCAGCCAAGACUACUCCUGCUGCUGCCCCUAAAGCUGCCGCUGCUGCUCCCAAAGCUGCUGCUGCCCCCAAAGCUGCUGCUGCCCCCAAAGCCGCAGCUGCUCCGAAGGCUGCUGCUGCUCCCAAGGCUGGAGCUAAGGCCCCUGCUGCUGGUGCCAAAGGAGGUAGCUCCAAGACUCCUGCUGCUGCUCCCAAGAUUGCCACCAAGGCUGGUGCUGCUAAGCCCGCUGCCAAGGGUGCUGCUGCUGCACCUAAAGCUGGAGCUAAGGGUAAAGCCCCGGCUGCUGCUGCUGCUAAAGGAGCUGCAAAGAAACCAGCUGCCAAAGCUGCAACUAAAGCAACCACCAAAGCUGCAACCAAGGCACCAGCCAAGACUGGAUCAAAGGCUGCCGCCAAGACCACCACAGCAAAGACUGCAACCAAAGGAGCUGCUAAGACUGGUUUGAAGAAGGGUGUUGCUGCCGGAAAAGUUGUUAAGGCCAAGUCCGCUGCUACCAAAGCUUUGUCAACUCAGAGAAAGGUCAUCAAGGGACUUCAUGGCACCCGAACGAGGAAGAUCCGUACUUCCGUUGCAUUCAGACGGCCCAAGACCUUCCGUCCUCCUCGUAAUCCCAAAUACCCCAGGCAGUCCGCACCCAAGAGGAGCAAGAUGGAUGCUUACAACAUCAUCAAGCACCCACUUACCACUGAGUCUGCGAUGAAGAAGAUCGAAGAUAACAACACAUUGGUCUUUAUCGUUCACCCUCGUUGUAACAAACACCAGAUUCGCUCAUCUGUCAAGAAACUGUAUGAUAUCGAUGUGGCCAAAGUCAACACACUUAACCGCCCCGAUGGUCAGAAGAAAGCUUACGUUCGAUUGGCGCCAGACUAUGAUGCUUUGGAUGUUGCCAACAAGAUCGGAAUCAUUUAAACGAUUCGUUGGUUGUGGUGUGUCGAUUUCCGGGAAAGUGGCGUUAUGUUGUAUCCUUUUUCGAUCGAUUACACGAACCGACUUCCGUGGACAUUUCA